GAGAACCGAAUCCGAAUGCGGAUCAUGUGUGCUUUUCUUUCAGCCCAAUAACUGAUUCAUGCCGGCGGCGUCUCUUUCUCGGUCGCGAGCUCCAGCUGAGAGUUUCUCACCUUUGGAAUGAGGAAAAAGCAGCGAGGAAAAUGGAGAAAUCGUCACCCAAAAAGCGAGCCAGCGAGCCAGCAACCCAGCGAGCAAAGUGAUGAUCUGAUGGAGUACAGAUGCGUGCAGUGUGGAUUCGGGACCAAAACACUGUACGUGCAGUAUUCUCCGGGCAAUAUUCGGCUGAUGAAAUGCGAGAAUUGCAAAGCCGUAGCAGACGAGUACAUAGAAUGUGAAAUCAUGAUUCUGCUAAUAGAUUUAAUGCUUCACAAGUGCAAGGCCUACAGACAUCUUCUCUUCAACGUCCUUAAUAAAAAAGAGUAUAAAUUUGAGGGGUUAUUCUGGAAAUUGGCAGCCAGUUUUCUUCUUUUGGAUGCUUAUAGGAGUUUGGUUUUAGAAAGCAGCAAGGAUGAAUUUGUUUCAUCGAGUGUCUCUUCACCAGUGUCAAUGUGCUGGAAGAUGCUGUUAGAUCUUCUCUUUGGAAACUUUAUGUUUCUUUUGACUUUCAUUUUUGCAAUGAGGAUAUUUAUCGGUACGUCAAUCAGUUUCUCAAGGUGUAAAGACUUGUUGCUUGCAAUCCUGGUCUCAGGUUACUUCAAGGUUUUUCUCAUUUCAAUGACGGUCUGGGAAUUUCCGUCCUCUGUGAUCCUCAUCAUUGAUUUAUUUGUCUUAUCAUCUAAUGCAGUAGCACUGAAAGAUCUGUUGGCACCCAGUGAUGACAGAGUCGACUAUGAAUCGAUGUGUUGGGGUCUGCAUCAGUGCCCAUGCUGUAAAAGUAUUCCUCACUCGGUUAGCUCAGCUCAGAUUGUUGGGGCAUUAAUAAAAUGGAGGCUCAAUUGCCCUUCUCAUUGCCUUUGAAAGCCAGCAUGAUGUUUUUGUAUUGUCAUGCUAAUGUAUUGGCUGUAUAAUUCAGCUCCUUGACACUUGACAGCUUCAUAUUACUGUAAAUUAUACUCAUAUAUUGGGUCAUCAGGGACCUUCAGCUGUAGGCUAGAGUCCAAUUUUGAAGCUGCUUUUUUUUUUUUUUUUUUCCGGGUGGGGGGCGGGAUGGGUUGGUUUGAUAUAUAUUCAUUUGUGAAUGAAGUGUCUAAAUGAUGUAAUGCGUUGAGCCUACAAAUGGAAGACCGGGCUCAUCAAAGUUUUUGUAACUAGGUUUCUUCCUGUGCUGUGUAUGGAAUUUGGAACCUAGUAGAUGAGAUGGUCACUGUUCUUAAGCAGGUUGAAAAGUAAUAUCUUGCAUAGUGUUUUAUAUAUUCAUUAUUUAUUGAUUAUUGA